AUGGAACCAAGGUCACAAAAAUCUACAGACACAGCAGCAACAAUAGCAUCAUUAUCAUCAAGAAUUACUCUAUUGGAAGAUGAAUUAAAAGAAGCCGGUAAAGAAAUGGCUGAAAAUAUUAGACGUGAGGUGGAAUUACAAAUGGAAUUGGAUUGUAUUAUUGCGCAGAAAGAAGAAGACAUUCAAGCUGCCACUGAACCUUUAGUAAACAAAAUAUCACAGCUAGAAACUGAAUUAUCAUAUUCCACUUCUUCCUCUGGUAGUGAUGGUAGUGGUUAUAAUUCAGGAUUCAGUUCACCAACACAUAAAAAUCUUGAGGUUGAAAUAAGGAAUUUGCAAAAUGAAAUUGGAAAUCGCGAAUCGGAGGUUGGAAAUUUAAAAAUGGAAAAUAAUUUACUAAUAGGCGAAAAGAAUUUAUUGGUAAAAGAGAAUGAGAUGUUAAAGAAUGAAAAUGUUUCGUUUACAAAAGAGAAAGAAUUUGAAAUUGAAAAUUUGAAAAAUGAAAUUGAAAAUCAUAAAAGUGAAAUUGAAAAUCAUAAAAGUGAAAUUGAUUUACUGAUAAAGGGUAAAGUAAAUGACGAUAUUGAAAUUAGAAAUCUAAAGAACGAAAUUGAAAACUUUAAAAAUGAAUAUCUUUUGUUAAAAAAAGAGAGUUCUGAACAAUUAGAAAACCUCAAAAUUGAGAAAUCAAGAGAAAUGGAAAAUUUACAAAAAAUUAAUCUUGAUGAAGUUGCAAACCUUGAAAGCAAACUUUUGAAUGCUAGCAAUAAACUCGCCUCCAUCGAAAAUUCCUUUCAAGAAUUAAAUUUCAAAUAUCAACAAUGCACGCACAAUAAUUCGCAAACAUCAACCGAACUGAUUUCCGCAUUUGAAAAAGUCCAAGAAUUUGAAGAUAAAAAUAGAAUUCUAGAAAAAAAUUGCGAGGAAUUGUCCAACGAGAAAAUAAAACUGAAUGCCGAGAAAGAAAUGUUCCUAAAAGAUAUCCAGAAAAUAAAACUUGAGAAAUCGGAAUUGGAAAAUGAGCUUAAGGAAUCGCACGGCAAAUUGGACGAAUUCAUGAAAUCCAUGAAAGAGAAAUGGGAAUCGCAAUAUCGAGAUCUUGAACAAAGACAUCAAGAAACUGAGUCAAAGCUGGAAGAAACUGUGUCAAAGCUGAAAGAAUCUGUCGAGAAAAAUGAACUUAUUUAUGAAGAAUUGAUGAAAGAAAAAGAAAAAUCAAAAUCGAAUGAAAUGAAUCACGAGAGAUUGAGAGCGUUGGAAAAACAAAACGAAGGGAAAAUUAAAGAAUUAAAGGAUCUUCAAUCGUUGAUCAAGUCAGAAAAUGAGCGAUGGAAAGAUAAGGAGGAGAAUUUUAUGAUAAACUACGAAAAAUUGGAAUUGAAAUUUAAACAAAAAGAAUCCGAAUACGAUAUUAUAAAUGAUGAGUUGGAAUUUAUUACGGCCGAGAACAAAUCCAUCAAGCAAAAAUUGUUUGACAACGACAAGGAGAAAAUAUUGAUCGAUCGAGAGAAAAGACAGAUUGAGAUCGAAUUCAAGAAAUUGCUAGAAGAGAAAGAAAAUCUUUCCAAACAAUUGGACGAAAUCGAAAAUCAAUAUCAAGAAGAAAUUUCAAUUAUUGCCAAAGAAAUGCAAAAAAGAUUAGAAUCAACUAGUAAAUUACUUCAAAAAAUAACGGAUUUGGAAAAUUCUCUAAAAUCUUCUAGGCUUGAAUGCAAAAAAUUGAAUGAAAAAUUGGCGGAAAUUCAACUCGAUCAUUUCGAAGCAGUUAACGAGAAAAACAAAGUAAUUGAAGAAAAAUCCGAAGCUCAAAAGAAAAUCGAAUCGUUAGAAUCUAGACUUGAAAGUCUUAAUAAAUUAUCAGGUUUGGAAAAGAAAGACUUGAGAUUAAUGGAAAAAUAUCAUGAAGUGUUGGCUAAAAAUAUGGAGUUAACAAUUCAAUUAAGUUCAAAAUGA